AUUAUGUUAAUGAAUAUAUUCUCUCAGAGCCAAAAGUGUGGAUAUUUUCUUAAAAUUCAGACAUUUUUAAAACAAACAGCACCUCAUAAACUCCAGGUUUACAAGCUAUCUACUUUACUCUGUACAUCAGAUCAGGGUUCAAGCCUCAGCACCACCAAGCUGACACUGUUGGGCCCCUGAGUAAGGCCCUUAACCCUCUCUACUCCAGAGGCGCCGUAUCAUGGCACUUUGACCAUGUGAUCUGACCCCAACCUCCAAAGUUAGGAUAUGUGAAGAAAGAAUCUAAUGUAUAUGUGACAAAAAUAAAGGCUUCUAUUCUUCUAUAAGUGUUUUAUAAUCAGUGUGAAGUUUAAUGAGAGCCAAUAUAGGCGUAACAUUAUGACCACCUGCCUAAUAUUGUGCUGGUCCUCCUUUUCCCUGACCCGUCCUGCACUGUGUAUUCUGACCCCUUUCUAUCAGAACCAGCAUUGACUUCUUCAGCAGUUUGAGCAACAGUAGCUCGUCUGUUGGAUCGGAUCACACGGGCCAGCCUUCACUCCCCACGUGCAUCAAUGAGCCUUGACCGUCCAUGACCCUGUCACUGGUUCACCACUGUUCCUUCCUUGGACCACUUUUGAUAGAUACUGACCACUGCAGACCAGGAACACCCCACAAGAGCUGCAGUUUUGGAGAUGCUCUGAUCCAGUGGUCUAUCAGCCAUCACAAUUCGGCCCUUCGUCAAACUCUGCUUUCUCAAAUCCUGACACUUGUCUAUUUUUCCUGCUUCUAUCACAUCAACUUUGAGGACAAAAUGUUGACUUGGUGCUCUGGAUCAUCACUGAUUAACUAUCCUUGCUCUGAGACUAUGCGCUAGGCUGCAAGAAAUAGAGUAGCACCUUCUCAAGAGGGAUGGACUCUGUCCUGUCUUGCCCUCAGUCUGAUACAUAUCGGUCUCACACACACAACCAUACAAAAUCGGACGUUUUUCUACUGUCCAUGACACCGAAAUGUACAUGUAUACCAACAGAAAUAUAAAGAAUAUAAAAGAUAAAUGCCACAUACGGUAUCUGCAGCUAUGCCUAAGAAUAGAUUCUAUUAAUACCAGAGAUUUUUCAGCAAAUAUCUCAGUCAGUGUUUCGCUGAGGACGAGGAAACCUGGACCUGUGGGAGUGAGCUUUAGCUUUAACUUUGUUCUGGCGACUGUGCUGCAGGUCAUGCUAGGUACCAAAGAGUCUGCUCCUUGAUAAUAUGUUAAAGCCUGCAAAAACAGUUUGAUUUAAUAAUUUAAUGGAGUUUUAAAUACUGACACAAAACACAGCAGAGGCUAUUUCUAGUCUGAAUUGCUCUGGCAAGCGCUUUACCACAGGGAGGGACAGUUUUAAAACUCGAAGAACAGGAUCAGUCAUCCUUUCAAUUUCCUUUUAAGACCUGUGUAGACCUACACAUCAGAUGAGCCAGGUCAGGAUAGAGAUCAUCAUGUGUAACUUUAGAGGCUGAAAUUCAUUUAAAGUAAGAAAGAGGUGCUUUUGAAGAAAAACAAGGUGUUCAUCCCUAACCCUAACGCUGUUUUUUAAAAAAAACACAUGGAUCGUUUUUAGCAAAGGAAACAAGCCUGAGAGAAUAAAUCUCGACAUUGUGCAGAGACAGAAGAAGGAAAGAACAAGAGUCCUACUGCCAUUUCAAGAGAUCUUCAACAACUUCUUACAAAAUCCAAAUCAACUUAGAGAGUCCAUUCAUAAAAUUAAGAGGCACUGGAACUGAUCCCUCCAGAGAUGGGAUUUCCUCGGACAACACCCCCAGAUCCUGAAAAAGAUCCCCUUCACAGGAGAAUGUUGCUGGUGGGGAAGACUGGAGCUGGGAAAAGUGCUACAGGAAACACCAUCCUGGGAGAGGAGAGAUUUAGAUCUGAGUUCAGUUCAUCCUCUAUAACAUCAGAGUGUGAACUGCAUCAGGCAGUGUUUUCAGAGAGAAAUAUAUCUGUUAUUGACACACCGGGGUUAUUUCACACAAGAAUCUCCAAAGAGAAGUUAAGUGUGGAGAUAGGAAGGAGUAUUUAUCUGUCCAGUCCAGGACUUCACGCGUUCCUUUAUGUCCAUCCUAUUAACAUCAGAUUCACUGAACAAGAGGAAAAUGUUUUUCAGAAAUUAGAGCUGAUUUUUGGAAGAGAGAUGAAAAAGUACACAAUAAUUCUAUUCACCUAUGGAGACUUGUUAGAGGAGACGUCUGUGGAUGAGUUGAUUCAGGAGAACAGAUCUCUCAGUGAACUAGUCGAUGAGUGUGGAGGAAGAUAUCACACCAUCAACAAUAAACAACUGAGUAACAGAGAGCAGGUCAAUGAGCUACUGGAGAAGAUAGACAGAAUGGUGGAGGAAAACAGAGGAACCUGCUACUCCAAUCAGAUGUAUGAGGAAGCAGUGAGAUUCAGACAAGAGGAAGAAGAGAAGAGGAAGGCAGAAGACUUGAGACUCAAGAGAGUGGGGGAGGAGGAGGAGAGGUUGAGAGAGGACUUAGAUAUUCCUGGACAAAAUGAGGAGGAGAGGAGGAGGAGAGAGGAAAGAGAGAGCUUCAGGAGGGAGGAGCAGAUGAGGAGGAGGAGGAAUAAUGAGGAACCAGAGAGAAUCAGGCAACAGGAAUGGAUUAGGAGGAGGAGGAGCAGAAGGGAGGAAAUGGAAAAAGUCAUGAGAAAUGAGAAUGAGCGGAGCAGGAUGAUGGAGGAAAUAAAGAGACUCGGGCAAAAAUUGAAGGAGGAGAGAAGGAUGAGGGAGGAAAUGGAACGAUUCAGGAGAGUGGAGGAUGAAGAGAGCAGUGUGAGGGAGGAAAUAAGGAGACUUGGGCGAGAGCUGAGGACGAGUGAGGAAACGGAAAGAGUAGAAGAAAGAGUAGAAAGUAGAGUGGAGAAGGAGGAGGAGGAGGAAGAGGAGCAGGAGAAGAGUGAAAACUUUUUUUAUAGCACUAUUAGAACCUUUAUCACCAGAUUGGCUCGAUCUUUUUAUUAAAUAAAAUAAUUACAAAAGGCAGAGCACAGAGAGAACAUGUGUCACAGACAACUUUGGAGUUUUUGCUUCUGGAGCAUUUCGCAUAAUCCAAGCUCACUUAUUGCAUUUAUAAGAUCAGAACUAAACUUGAUAAAUCACAGUGAUAUGUAUUUGGGUAUAUUUUCAGUCAAAAUAUUAGUCAAGCAUUUAUAUCAGUGUACUUAUUUAUUUGUGUAGGCUGGCUAGUGACUCUGUUUCUAUGUGUUGAUAUUUAUUACUCCAGUGAACUUUUUGUGGUCUACAGUUAGUUUAUCGUCCCUUGUCUGACCAAAAUUGGUAUUAAUUGUGUGUAAUUACAGAUUGUAAAAAUAAUAUUCAAAUAAUAUUGGAGAACAAAUCUGAUUUCAGUAUUUCUGCUAUUCAUUUUUUGAAUAAUAAAUAAAUCAAUGUUACUGCGGAGAACCUAAUAAAAUCUGCAAAGGGUCUGAAAAUGACCCCGAGCUAAGCACUGAGCAGUGUAUAGGGAACGAGGUUAUUUUAACCUCACAUAUGAUGGGCUUAUAGAACUAAAAAAAAGAUCCAUAAGAUUGUUUUAUUGAUGCACAUGUUUACAUAUUUAUCUGAAGUUAAUCAUUUGCACAAUUUCUACUAUUUGCACUUCUGGUAGAUGCUAAAAGGCCUUUCGUUGCUAUGAACCUGUACUUUGCAAUGACAAU